AUUCCCCAAAUUUUCCCAAUAAAUUGAAUCUUAUUAACAACAAAUUUAAUAUUAUCAAUUACCUGUUUCAUAUUAAUUUUAUAUUUCAUUUCAUUUAAUUAUAAUAAUAAAUUUACUAAUAAAUUAGAAAAAAAAAAAUACUGAUAA